CGGACGUUGUGUUGAUACUGCUGCCGGCGGAAGAAACAAGCUAGUUUGGCAGAUGUAAAUAGAAUAACGCCGAUAUCUUUGUUGUAUUAACAAGAAAGAGCCUCAACAACCAGUUCUUUAAAUGUCUGUCUGAUGUGUCACGGUCAGACAUGAGCGUCACUUUGGAUAUAAGACUGAAAAGAGCAAACAAAGUUUAUCAUGAGGGGGAAGUGGUGGCUGGUGUCAUUGUGCUGAUGUGUAAGGAGCCGCUGCAGCACCACGGCAUCUCUCUGAGCAUGGAGGGACUGGUGAACCUGCAGCUGAGCUCCAAGAGUGUCGGCGUCUUCGAGGCUUUCUACAACUCUGUCAAGCCCAUCCAGCUGAUCAGCUGUAACAUCGAAGUGGCAAAGGCAGGAAAGAUCCCAGGAGGCAAGACCGAGAUCCCUUUUGAGUUCCCUCUGAACACAAAAGGCAACAAAGUGCUGUACGAGACCUACCACGGUGUCUUUGUCAACAUUCAGUACACCCUCCGCUGUGACAUGAAGCGCUCCCUGCUGGCCAAAGACCUGAGCAGGAACUGUGAGUUUAUCGUACACUGUCAGCCGCAGAAAGCUAAAGUUGCCCCCACUCCGGUCAACUUCACCAUCACUCCAGACACAUUACAAAACAUACGUGAGAGGAGUUCACUGCCAAAGUUUCUAAUCAGAGGCCAUUUAGACGCCACCAACUGUGUGAUCAGCCAGCCGCUGACGGGAGAGGUGGUGGUGGAGAAUUCAGACGUUCCCAUCAAGAGUAUUGAACUGCAGCUUGUGCGAGUAGAAACCUGUGGUUGUGCUGAAGGCUACGCCAGAGAUGCCACAGAGAUCCAGAACAUCCAGAUAGCUGAAGGUGAUGUCUGCCACAGCCUCUCUAUUCCCAUCUACAUGAUCUUCCCCAGGCUGUUCACCUGCCCCACACUGGAGACCACCAAUUUCAAAGUUGAGUUUGAAGUCAACGUUGUCAUCGUGCUUCAUGAUGACCAUCUGAUCACAGAGAACUUCCCCCUGAAGCUUUGCAGAGUCUGAAUCUGGAUCUCACACCAGCACUCGGGGAACAUCCCUGGAGGCCUGCUGCUGCUGACUUUGACCCUUCAUACGACAAACAGCAGGACUGUGCGUUUUGAAACCACAAACCUGUCCUGGGCAGAGGACAUGAAUCUGCCCUAGUUUUGUUCUCUGUGGAGAUCUGAACUGGUUUUCUGCAUAAUGCAACAGCUCCUCUAAAGCCGGAAAAAGAAAUAAUGCAAACCCAGAGUGAGUCUGCUGAUGAAUAAUGUGACUUAAUAGAGCCCAGUCAGAAUUAAGAUUUUCCUUCAUGAAUUAAUAAUAAAUAUCAAUGUAGAGAAAAUCUUUGAUUUUCUGAAAGUUAUAUUUCAAUUUAAUAAACACCACAUUCUUGCAGACCGUGAUGAUCAGUGACAUUACAACUCAUUAAGAAGUGUUAGGACCUUCCAGGAUUUUAAGGCUCUUAGUUAAUUAAAAAAAAACACACACACUUGCACAAACCUGUGAUCUUAAUGGCACUAAUAGAGAGCAGGAUUUACCUUCAGAAAUUCUUAAUUUGACCAUUCUGGGAUGUGACAGAUGAAGAUAUGACAAAGACGUGCUCACACAUGUUUUAUUUCUUCAGAGUAUAAACUCUUGUCUUCUUGCACAUCAACAAUUUAAUGAUACAAAAAAGAGAUUUUAAUGGAAUAAUAAGUAAAAUCAAAUUAUUAAACAUAAAAGCAAACAUUUAAGUAAUGAAGAACAAGACAAUCUGGAUUAAGACAUUAUGGGGCUUGGCGUCUCCUGCCAGACAGCACAGGGAAAUCUUCAGGCAACAAGGCGUGAUCUCUGCAGGUGGGACAGGUGCUCUGCUCCUUCAGCCAUGACUUUAUACACUGAACACAAACAGAAUAAGUGCAGCACAUUAAAACCGACAGCAGUCGCCUGUUCAUCUGAUACUUUUAAACUUCAAAUAACCUUUUUGUGCACAUUGUAAUAACUCAGUUUCCACAAAGAUCUUUUUUACAUCAUUUCAUACAUAGAGCCCUAACUGAACCACUUACAACAAGUACCCACUGCACACAUACAACAUUCAGCACAGAUGAAUGUUUACUGAGAAAUGGUGCCAAUGCAAAGAUCGGUCAAAGGAUUAAGAAUCAAUAUUGCAUCAAUUAAGUAAAAAUCACAAUUUGGAAAAAAAAAUCCAGCCCUAGUAAACAAUGCAAUAUAAAAUUUAAAAUAUUACAAAAAAGUAGUUCUAUGAGCGAAGAAAUUAAUUCAACACAUUUCCAUGAUUUCAAGGUGGUGCUAAAUAUAAACAAAGAUCACAGGGCACCUUCUAAGAAUAAGUCUACAUUAAACCGGUUAAAUCCAAGAACACAUUUUUCUUUUUCAGCUCUCUGACAAGAGAAAUAGUUAGUCGUCGCUAAUCUGUGACGUCCAAUUUUAAAUCAGUAUACACACAGCAAGUACACUGCAGCUGCUAUUAACCUGGAUUUGUUGAUUUUAAAUGACAAAAUGGAACAAUUAUUUUAACGCUGCAGCGCAGCAGUUUGGAAAUUACUGCAGGAUAACAUGCAGCGUUUAUGAGCCGUGUCAACUACAGGAGAAUAAUUAAAUCCUCCCUGGAUGGUCCAAUUAAAACACCAGUAUUCCUGCGUCAAGUGUUAAGAAUCAAAUAUCAGUAUUCUUGCUCACCUCUUUAUGGAAGCUGUGUCUGCACUCCAGCACGCAGAUGUCAUCUGGACUCAUGUCAUCAUGACAGAUGAUGCAGGGAUCCUCCAUGUUGAGCUGCAGUCAAGACACGCACACAGUCAGCUUCAAACUGGAGACUGUAGACGACUGACAGUACUGUUGAGUACUUCAUUAAUGUCUAAGGGAAGUUACGCUUUUUUUCUCUGCGCAUAGCAGUGUGGGUGAGACGAUUGUUGUGAAAUCUGGUGCAGACAUUCAUGUUUCCCUCUGCAUUAGGAGUGAUCUGCUUCGUUUUCUUCUAGCACCAACAUCAGGUCAAACGUUUUAUUUGUCCAAUACUUUGGUUCAUGACCAAAAUCAAAUCCUGCUAAACUAAUAACAUUCCUAUUUGCCACAUCUGUACUUUGUGUUUUGUGCCUAUUAGCAAAUUUUAGCAUGCUAACACACUCUAAACUCAGAUGGUGAACAUAGUACAUGUUACUCCUGCUACAUUAGUAUGUUAGCAUACCAUUCACUAAAAUAUUUUACAUUUACUCCAAAACAUGGUCUUUCCAUCUAAUCCAUCUUCUGCCUGAAGAGAUUUGCUGAUGUGAGAAUAUAUUCUCUUUUAAAAUCACUAACUCUUAUUGCAUAGCUUACCCUGAUUCUGUAUUUCAUCUCUUCAAAUCCCACCAUUGUAGUUGCUUGUUUCUUCUCUUUACGUUGUAUAGCAUUGUGCUCUCUAAAUAAAAUUUGACAUUAUUAAAUUGGA